AUGCCACACGCAACUUACGAUCCUCCAGCUCCGUGGACCGGCCAGCAGCUUUAUGUCAACGAUGGUCCACUCCAACCAGAUCAAGUCGGUGCCUUGAGAGAGACGACGUUGGACGCGCCUAUCGAAGAGAUCCGGCGGCGGUACAAUGAAGAUGGCUACGUCUUUCUCAAGCAGCUUCUUCCACGACAGGACGUCUUGAAAGCGAGAGAGCAGUAUUUUAGUCUUCUGCAACCAAGUGGCUGUCUCAAGCCAGGGACACGGCCAGUCCAAGGCAUAUUUGACUCGUCCAAAGAUCAUCGUGAUUAUCCUGGUAUAGGGGCUGGGGGUCAAGAUGAGAAUGGACGUCCUAUCGGGCCUAACCCAGAAAUCGCCAGCAAAUUCGUAGACCUGGCUCUGCAGGCACACAACGAAGAUUGGUAUAAGGAGACGUUCUGCAAGCAUCCCGCUCUGUUGAAAUUUGUUCAAGACUUCACCAGCUGGCAGGAUAAUACGAUGGCUAUUAAGCGGACGUUGUUGAGAAACAACACCCCCGGCAACAAGGCGAUUGGCGUGCACUAUGAUCAGAUCUUCCUUAGACACGGAGCGGACACUGCAGUAACUGCUUGGGUACCUUUGGGCGAUGUGAAAGUCACAGGUGGUGGUCUCAUCUAUCUUGAGAAGGGCCACACUAUAGGCGCUGAGAUGGAGAAGGACUUCACCAUUAAAGCGAAGCAAACCGGCUUCUCGGACGAGGAGGCCAGGAACGCGUUCAAUGCUAAUAUGAUGCAUGGCGGAAUGCUUCACAAUGGGCCAGCGGAGUUCUCGAGAGACUUCCAGCGACGAUGGCUGGUUGCAGCAAACGGUUAUGAAGCCGGAGACGUCGUUCUUCACAAUGCCUUUGCAAUUCAUGCCUCAACAAUGAACUACGACACGGAAGGGGUUAUUAGGGUUGGCACGGACCUGCGAUUCGUCGAUUCUAGCAAGGAGUGGGACAAGCGUUGGGACAAGACUUAUAGCUUCAACGAUGGUGUGUGA